AUAAAUACCAUCAUCGUCUCAUCUUAUCUCCACACUUGUAACAUACCAGUUCUUUCUUUUACUCUAUACAUUGUAUACGCAGUUUCUUGCUAUCCCUUAUUUCAACAUCAAGAAAAAUUUAUCAUGGCUUCACAUAGUUCUUUAAUGCUGCUAUUGCUUCUUGGCAUCUUCUCUUCCAUGGCAGCUGCAAAUUUUUACCAAAAUUUUGACAUUACAUGGGGAGAUGGCCGAGCUAAGAUUCUCAACAAUGGAGACCUUCUUACGCUUAAACUUGACCAAGCUUCUGGUUCUGGAUUUCAAUCCAAAAAUGAGUAUUUGUUUGGACAAAUUGACAUGCAACUCAAGCUUGUCCCUGGCAACUCCGCUGGCACCGUUACUGCCUAUUAUUUAUCGUCAAAAGGGUCUACUUGGGAUGAGAUAGACUUCGAGUUCUUGGGAAAUUUGAGUGGAGAUCCUUACAUUCUCCACACCAAUGUGUUUAGCCAAGGCAAAGGAAACAGAGAGCAACAAUUCUAUUUAUGGUUCGACCCAACUGCUGAUUUCCAUACCUAUUCCAUUCUUUGGAAUCCCCAACGCAUCAUCUUCUCCGUUGAUGGAACCCCAAUUAGAGAGUUCAAGAACUUGGAAUCCAUUGGAGUUCCAUUUCCAAAGAAUCAACCAAUGAGAAUAUACUCUAGUCUCUGGAAUGCAGAUGAUUGGGCUACAAGAGGUGGUCUUGUGAAGACAGAUUGGACUCAAGCUCCCUUCACUGCAUCUUACAGAAACUUCAAAGCAAAUGCUUGUGUAUGGUCUAAUGGAGCGUCUUCUUGUGGCACAAAUUCUGCAUCUAACACAACUUCUUGGCUUUCCGACGAGCUUGAUUCAACAAGUCAAGAGAGGCUCAAAUGGGUGCAAAAGAAUUACAUGAUAUAUGAUUACUGCGCUGAUGAUAAGAGAUUUCCGGAAGGAUUCCCUACGGAAUGCAGCAUGUCAUAAAAGAACGACGACAUACUGUUCAAUACAAAAAAAUUUUUCUUUUCUUUUUUAAUUUUUCAACAUAUGUUGAUUCUUUCUUUUUCUUUUCCCAUUCUUUUGCUCUAUUUAAUUGGAUUUAACAAAAUUAUUUCUACUA